AUGGAAAUAGGUAACACCAAUAUAGUUUUAUGUAAACCAUUUGAUUUCUCUAAGAUCAAAGAAACGAUUUUAACUAGAAACCAACAGUUUUGCCAAUGUGAUAUUUGCCUUACUGCUAUGUGUAAUUUAACACGUGGAUCAAAUACAGAAAUAAGAGGAAGACCAAAACUCAACAUGAAAGUUUUACCCUCUCCUGGACCAGUUAAAGUUUUUAAAAGAUGUCUAAAUGUUAUUGGACCAGGAUUAGCCCACACCUCUUGCAUUAAAAAGCGAAGGGAAAACCUAAUGAAGCAACUAGAUAAAGACGAUAGAGGUGCCGAAUUGCAAUGUUCAAAAACACUUAAACAAAAGUUUGAAAAACAAGGCAAUUUAAUUAAGGUUGCAACAUGCAGAACUUCAAUUAGCAUACAAAAACUAAACACUUCUUCUAAAGCUUUGUUUACUGAUUCACCGAUACAUACAAGUGAAGUGAACAAAUUAAAAAAUGCAUGUGGUGUCAGUAACACACAAGAUGCUAAAGUUUUAAGUAUUUUUAGAAGUUGGAAGGGUCGCAAAUCAUUUGAAAAAAAUACAAGAAAUAAAUUGAUUGAAGAAGACGCCAUUUUAAAUGAAUAUUUGACGUAA